AUGCCUGAUCGUCAGAGAAUCUAUUACACCUUCGACUCUGCCGAGAGUUAUAUGCACCUUCAGGACCAAGUGGUGAAGAUAAUCCAGGAAGAUACAGGGAAGGAGUUCUGGAUUUGCAAUCGAGCGCUGCCUCCUAGCUGCUACCCCCCCCCUUUAACCACCGAUACAAUCGACAAGCUGAAGGAGCUAGAUGGCGUAAAAGUCGGUAACCUUGACGAGGAUUGA